GAAAGAGGGGAUGCGCUUCUCACCAUAGACACUUAAACGUCUUUGUGUGAGAGUUGGUAGUUGAAAUUACGAAAUAAAUUUAAGAAAGAGAUUUUGAUCAGCGCAGCUAAAUCAUGCGUGAGUGCAUCUCCAUCCACGUGGGUCAGGCUGGUGUGCAGAUCGGCAAUGCAUGCUGGGAGCUCUACUGUCUGGAACAUGGGAUCCAGCCAGAUGGGCAGAUGCCCAGUGACAAGACCAUUGGAGGAGGCGACGACUCCUUCAACACCUUCUUCAGUGAGACUGGAGCUGGAAAGCACGUCCCAAGGGCUGUCUUUGUAGAUCUGGAGCCCACAGUCAUAGAUGAGGUUCGCACUGGGACCUACCGGCAGCUUUUCCACCCUGAGCAGCUGAUCACUGGUAAAGAAGAUGCUGCCAACAACUACGCCCGUGGGCACUACACCAUUGGCAAGGAGAUCAUCGACCUGGUGCUGGACAGGAUCCGCAAGCUGGCUGACCAGUGCACAGGUCUGCAGGGCUUCCUGGUGUUCCACAGCUUUGGAGGUGGUACCGGUUCCGGUUUCACCUCCUUGCUGAUGGAGCGGCUGUCCGUUGACUACGGCAAGAAGUCCAAGCUGGAGUUCUCCAUCUACCCGGCUCCUCAGGUGUCCACAGCAGUGGUGGAGCCCUACAACUCUAUCUUGACCACGCACACCACCUUGGAGCACUCCGAUUGUGCCUUCAUGGUUGACAAUGAGGCCAUUUAUGACAUCUGCCGUAGAAACCUUGAUAUCGAGCGCCCCACGUACACCAACCUCAACAGGCUUAUCAGCCAAAUUGUAUCCUCCAUCACAGCCUCGCUUCGGUUUGAUGGUGCCCUCAAUGUUGAUCUGACGGAAUUCCAGACCAACUUGGUGCCCUACCCUCGUAUCCAUUUCCCCCUAGCUACUUAUGCCCCAGUUAUCUCUGCAGAGAAGGCUUACCAUGAGCAACUAACAGUGGCUGAGAUCACCAAUGCGUGCUUUGAGCCGGCCAAUCAGAUGGUGAAAUGUGACCCUCGUCACGGCAAGUACAUGGCAUGCUGCCUGCUGUACCGCGGUGACGUGGUGCCCAAAGAUGUGAACGCUGCCAUAGCCACCAUCAAGACGAAGCGCACCAUCCAGUUUGUGGACUGGUGUCCCACUGGUUUCAAGGUUGGCAUUAACUACCAGCCCCCUACUGUGGUUCCAGGUGGAGACCUGGCCAAGGUUCAGAGGGCUGUGUGCAUGCUGAGCAACACGACCGCCAUCGCAGAGGCCUGGGCUCGCCUGGACCACAAGUUUGAUCUGAUGUAUGCCAAGCGAGCCUUUGUGCACUGGUAUGUGGGUGAGGGUAUGGAGGAGGGUGAGUUCUCUGAGGCCAGAGAAGACAUGGCUGCCCUGGAGAAGGAUUAUGAAGAGGUGGGGGCUGACAGCAUAGAAGGAGAAGAGGAAGGAGAAGAGUACUAAUUGUGUAGAUAACUGUCAGCUGGUCCUUAUGUGCCUUCUAGCUGUCUUCAGUCAGACUUUAUCAACAUUGUUCUCUUAUGAAAUCUGGCCCUGAGUGCUUCUGUUCCAUUAA